AAAGUACAGAAUCAAGGCAUCAAACUGAAAGAGAAAAAACGAUUCGUUUGGUGAGAUCAUCUCCUAGAGACGAAUCAUUUACAUCCUUCCAACAAGGAUCAGUACCCCAGAGAGAUGACAAGAUUCGCUUACUAGAUGGCGAGAACAGUCCUCAGAAUAUUGCCCUUUAUGGCUUCUUACUUGGCAUGGUCUGUAGUGGAGGUCUGCUCUUAGUGAUCUUGGGAAAAUUGGAAUGGAACAUCCAACAUCUUGGCAUCUACAUUGCUGCCCUUGCCCUAUUUCAUUUCUUGGAAUACAUCGCCACAGCUCUCUUUAAUCCAGACAAACUUAGUCUGGACUCUUUCUUGAUUGAUCACAGUCCUCACUACCACGCUGCUCAUGCUGCUUCAAUUAUUGAAUUUAUCAUCGAGUAUCUCUUCUUUCCUUCAUAUAAACGAUUCGGUUUAUUGAGCUGGCUAGGUCUAUUUCUCCUUGUGCUUGGGCAGGGAUGCCGCACAGUGGCUAUGUUCUCUGCCAGACAUAACUUCUCGCAUCACAUCGUAGAUUACAAGUCUCAAGACCACGUCUUGGUUAAACAUGGUAUUUACAGUAUUAUGCGCCAUCCUUCUUACUUUGGAUUCUACUGGUGGGCUGUUGGUGCCCAAUUUCUCCUGAUGAACCCUAUUUGUCUUGGCCUGUUUGUAUAUUGGCUUCACAAAUUCUUUUCUGAACGCAUCGCCUACGAAGAACACACGUUGAAUCGUUUCUUUGGCCCGGAGUGGGUUAUUUACAAGACGAAAACACCUACUUGGAUGCCGUUAAUCCCUUAGACACAGUUAUUGCAUUUUGAGUACAUACUUAUACAAUAUAAAGAUUUAUAAAAACUUAUUUAUCUCUUAUUCACUC